AUGACAUCACCAAUUCCAAUAAAACUCGAGACCGAUGUCGCACGACGUGAAUUUAUUGAUAAAUUUGAUGCUUUGUUACUUGAUUGUGAUGGUGUAAUAUGGGACGGGGAAAAAGUUUUACCUGGAGUGCGCGAGACAUUAAAAUAUCUUCGAAGUAAAGGCAAACAACUUUUAUUUGUCUCGAACAACAGUUCAAAGUCUCGAGAUGCGUAUCUCGUGAAAUUUCAAAAACUGGGUAUUGAAGCUCAUAAGGACGAGAUCUUCGGUUCUGCAUAUACAUCAGCUUACUACCUAAAAAAUGUGAUCAACUUUUCAACCGAUAAGAAAGUCUAUGUGAUCGGUGGAUUAGGCAUCACUGAUGAACUAGCAGUUGAAGGAAUUCGGUAUAGUGGCUCUACAGCAGACAAUGAAUCUCUGAAAAGCAUGGAUUUCAGUGAAUUAGUACCAGAUCCGGAGGUCGGUGCUGUUCUUUGCGGAUUUGAUGAUCAUAUCAACUAUAGGAAACUUGCAAAAGCCUUCACUUACCUCCAUUCCAACUCGAAUUGUCUUUUCUUAUUGACAAACGAUGACACUACGUAUCCUUUAAAUGGAUCGCUUCUUCCAGGAUCAGGAUCUCUCGCCGCACCACUAAUCACGGCUCUAAACCGAAAACCCGAUUGCGUAAUAGGAAAGCCAAAUAAACCAAUGCUAGACUGCAUCAUGAAAAAGUUUCAUCUGAACGUUAAAAGAACCUGUAUGAUUGGUGAUAGGCUUGAUACUGAUAUCCAGUUUGGCAUUAAUGGUGGCAUCUUCUCGCUGUUGGUGUUGACGGGCGUUUCAAAAGAAAAAGAAAUUCUUGCUAAUGAUGCUCCGAUCGUUCCCAAUUAUUAUGUCGAAAGUCUUGGUGAUUUUGCGACAAUUAUUGAAUAA